AUGGGCAGCUACGCUGAGGAGCCAGAGUUCAACACCAUCACCAUCCACAAACUUCAUCCUACAUUCGCGGCCGAGGUUGAAGGCGUUAAUUUCCAGAAUUUAUCCGAUGAACAAUUCAACGAGAUUCUCGCCGCAAUGGCCAAGUAUGGUGUUUGCAUCUUCCGCAAUACCGGACUGGAUGAUUUGAGCCACAUUGAGUUCUCCAGACGUAUCGGCGAUCUUGACACCAUGAAACGGUAUAUGGUGGAAGGCCGCAAGCCCAGAUAUAACUACUACGAGUUAUUCGACGCUGGGAAUAUCGAUGAUCAAGGCGGCGUUCUGGAUCCCAACAGUCCGAGAGCACAUUAUGGCAAGGGAAAUGCUCUGUUCCAUGUGGACUCCUCGUUCAACCCCAGACGCGCGAGUUUCUCUCUACUACGUGCAGUGGAAAUUCCACCACCGGGGAAUGGUGGAAACACUGACUUCGCUGACUCACGCACCGCCUGGGACGAGCUUGACCCCGAGUUUCAAAGAGAACUCCUAGAGAAAGAUUAUAUUGUUCAACACUCAAUCGCUCAGUCUCGCAAAUUGGGAUCGCCCGAGUUCUUUAAAGACCUCGAUCCGACCAACGGAGGUGUCAUGGCCCGGCAUCGACUCAUUCAGAUCCACGAACCAAGUGGUCGCAGGAAUAUCUAUAUCGCGGCACACUCGCACCACAUAGAAGGCAUUCCCAAGGAGGAAUCCGAUGCACUGAUCAAGAAACUUCUAGACCAUGUCACCCAGAAGAAGUACACCAUUAGCGUUGAGUGGAAGAACCCUUCGGACAUGAUCAUCUGGGACAACCGAUGCACCCUGCACAGAGCUAAUGGUGGGGCGUUUGAAGGCAGGUACAAGCGAGAUCUGAGGAGAACGACGGUGCACGACGACAGCAGCACAGCCUGGGGAUUGAACGAGGUCAAGGAGACGGACGACUGGGUUGUGAACCACGAUGCCACCAGGGCAGCUGGGCAGACAAAGUAG